AUGCGCAUAUCGCUCCCUCGAGCUGUACCGAGAAACUUCGGCAGCAGACCGUCGAUCCGGCGACUCGCGACUCCGAUUCGAAACUCAUCGUCCUCGACUGCCACAACGCAUGCGAGAAACGCCAUUCGACGAGCUCCCCCGGAACGGAUUCUAAUCUAUCAGGCUGGAACCAAGAGAAUCAAUUUCAUCGGAGCGAUGCGGAUCACGACGAUCUUAAUGUUUGGCACUGCUUGUGUCCUCAUUGCCCCGGCUAUGGAUGGCAAGGGCGAAGAGAGAUGGAAAAUUGGUUGUGUUAUCGCUGCCAGUGCCAUUCCGAUGAUAUUCGUUGCCCACGUAGCUGCCCCGUACGUGAAUUUCAUACACCUCAACCUUCCAGUAUUUGCUCGACAAUCUCGGGAAACUGCAAUUCAAUAUGCGAUGAAUCUCCCGCCGACGGCAACCCUCUAUAUCAAUACCAUGAAAUUCUCGGCUGGUCCGCGUCUCACCAAGGUACGGCUUGCGGACCUGGGCCCGUGCAAGUCUGGCUUCCCACCAGUGAAUUUCCGACUACGCUACAACAGGGACGCUACUACUGUCAACAGUCUCUUUAACCAGUACAAGUUCUUCACUGAGCCAACGUGCCCACCAGGACCGCCUUCGAAGGCUUUCUUCCCUCAAGUUUGGGAGACAGUAUUCAAGAAUAUCCAGAGUCAACGCAAUCCGUACCGAAGAAACAUAAAGUCAGAAAAUUGA